AUUCCAAAGUAGUACCGUAAUUUCCUGUGCUAACUCGUCAUACGAUUGAAAAUAAGCGUUCUCCAUUGUUUAUUCAAAAUCAUUGUUCAUAUUAACCUCUGUCGCGAUCUUGCAUUUUGCAGAUUUUUUGUUAACCAGCUAAUUUUUGUUUGUCGUAUGUCCAUCCAGAAUCUCAACACAUUCGACCCCUUUGCUGAUGCAAUCAAGGGUGCAGAUGAUGAUGUCCAAGACGGUCUCGUGCAUAUAAGAAUACAGCAAAGAAAUGGUCGCAAAACAUUAACUACAGUGCAAGGACUUUCAUCUGAAUAUGACCUGAAAAAAAUCGUUCGAGCAUGUAAAAAGGAGUUUGCCUGUAAUGGCACUGUGAUAGAACAUCCAGAAUACGGAGAAGUGCUCCAGCUUCAAGGAGAUCACGAGAACAUUUGUCAGUGGCUUACAAAAGCAGGACUUGCAAAACCAGAUCAACUUAAAGUUCACGGUUUUUAAUUACAAGCUUUGAACUUCAUAUCAAAUCAUUUAAAAUACAGUGAAUAGUCAAAUCCAUUAGUAAUGUGAUUUUUUUUGCAACCAUUUUUAUAGUCAUCUAAUUAUCUUUUAUGAAUCAGUCAUGUUAAAUUUCAAUAGCUAAUAUGUAUUUAGGAGCUAUUGAUAUUUUUAGGGAGAAUAAAUAAAUGUUAAAAAUCUGUUAUGAUGUAAGAUUAUUUUUGUAAAAAGUUCUUGGAGUUUUGUAUCAGCAAUUCAAUUUUAAAAUUCUCAAAAUUUUAGUAUCAUGAUAAAGCAACUGUUAAUUUAUUAUUACCUGUACAUUAUUUCUGAAUGAUUAAAUAAAUAUACAUAUAAUAUAAAAUUUCUUCCUC